UUCUGGCUGAUUGUGGGCCUAGGAGCUUUUCCAGAGCCUGCUGAGAGUGUCAGGGUCAGCACCCGUCUGUCCCAGCCUUUCAUGUCUCCUCUCUGUUUGGCCAGCAGAUGUCACUGGCCAUCCUGUCCUCCUUGUUGUCCAAGUCUUUAGUGUGCUUCCCCUGCUCCCCAGGUUGGUGCAUGGCUCAAUUAGCUGAGUGUUUGGUUACCUGUAAACCCUUCUAUUAUGUGUUCAAAUUCUGCCUCCUCUGUUUUUGUAUUUUGUAGACUUUGUUCCCUAGUGUUUCUUUUGUAUCAGUUUUUCUAGUUCCUGUGUCUUGUGACUUAUAUUCUCUUUUGGUUUUUUGCUUCGUGCCUUGGUUUUGUUUUACCUGCCUUUGUUAUUUUCCCAAUGUUACAUUCUGUUUUCUUCUUUCUUUUUGAGUUUCUUAGUUUCCCUGUUGAUCUCAUAGUUCCUGGAUUUAAUUAUUAGUUUCACCUGUUGCUUGUUUUCUUGCACCCGACUUUGUGUGGUCUACCUGAUUGCUCGGUGUCUCUGGUUAAUUUGUUUCAUAUCCCACUCCUCCUGCGUUGUUACCCAGUUUUGUUUGUGUAUUUAUUUUCCUGCUUUAGUUCGGGUCCUUUGUAAGUCAUUGUGUGUUUCAGAAUGUUAGAAGUUACCCAGUGUUGAUUAAUAUUUAUAUUUUGUUCCCUGCUCCUUGGGUUCCCUUGUUCCUGGACCUUGUUCUCUUGACAUUUCUUCUAGUUAGUCCUUGUUUUUAGUUUUGAUGCCUUAUGGUCUGUUUGUUCUGUAUUGUUCCCAGUGUUUUCUCAUUCUGUUAAUAAACCCCCGUGUUCCGGUGGAGCCGCCAGUAGAUCAUCCACUUUGUUCCUGCCUGCAUCAUGCCUUGCACUCAUGAAAGAAACUUUCGAGUUUGUGACUGAAAGUCACCAUUGUGUAUGAAACAGCAGUGACCCUGUGCACCUUUACUACCAUGCUAUACUGACAAUGCUGUCAUUUUUCACUCAUUCCCAUCCACAUGGUUUCCAUUUGCAGCUGAACUUCUCCAGGUGAUGCUGUUUCUCUCCGCAGGCUGGACACACAACACGAAUGGCAGACAACAGGGAGGGGGGUAUUCCACCAAAGCAGUCUUUUUCCAUUAGUUAGAUUCCUUAAGCUAAAGAUAAGGAUUCUCAAAAAAGGAAUGUUGCUUACCUCUCUUUCUUUUGGACAUUUUUCACGUUUGGCUUAAGUUCUUCAGCUAUCCGGGAAAUUCUGCUUUGUGCAAUGCCCCCAAACCUCUUUGGUUGUGCCUUAUCCAUUCAGAAAAAGUUUUCUCUUUUCGCUCCUUCUGAGUUGCUUGUUGUAAAAGCGAUUUUUCUUUGACGUGGACAUGGAUGCACACAGCAGACUGACAGCUUGUGCAGUUGUUAGGUAAGAAGGUAAGGUAUGUAUUUCUGCUACCGAUAAAAUAACAUUAGACUUCGGCAAUCGUCACUAUACUACGGGGUAGCAUGUGGUGCGGUGGGCUAAGUCUGUGUGCCUGUGAUCAGCAGGUCUCCGUUCAAACAUGGCCUCAAAAUGACUAUGCGUCCUUAACCCCCAGCUCCCUGGGCGCCAUUGUGGAUAACAGCCCUUUGCGGACAGCUUUCUCUACAAAGAGCAAGUUGAGGGAGGCGUAAAGACAAUUUCCCCACGGUGAUCAAUAAAGUAUCAAUUAUUAUUUUUUCCCGCUUUAACCAUUUAUGGUCAGAGAAUUGGCUAUAUAAACAUAACCAGGAACAAAAAAGGAUGGGUUUUAUGCGAAACUAUGAAAUUCUAAAUAAGAAAAAGCCGAGACAAUUCAUGUCACGAGAAGGAAUGUUAAUUUUCUGGGACAGUCCAUUGAAGAAGAGAAUAAUCUAUGGAAAACGUCAGUUAAGGUUAAUAUUUACCCCUUGAAAUUCAUGCAUAUCUUUCUGGACUUGACCUGCUUCUUCUUCACUCCUACUCUGUGGACACUCAGCUAGCUCACCACGGUAAAUAUCCCCACAGACUCCUUAUGAUGGCUAAAUCAUGUCUAUUCUGGAGCUUUCCUCAUGCAUGCCCCCUUGACACAGGUGACAGGGACCAUGUCCAGUCGACAGCCAUCCCCAAUGCUGUCCGUGCAGCCCUGCAGGGGUCUAUGGGACGAGAAGCUCUCCAUCACUGUGCAGAAAUUACCUCCAGGACAGGAGGUGACCCUGCACAGCCUGCUCCACUCCGAGGACGGGGACCUCUGGGAGGCUUUUGGCCACUAUGUCAGCGAUGCCACCGGAGCAGUCCGAGUUGCAGAGGAUGCCAGCAUGGGAGGAUCAUACACAGGUGUGGAGCCUAUGGGCUUAUUGUGGGGUCUGAGCCCAGCAGCAGGGAGCAGACCUGGUCUCAGGCUCAGGAAGAAGGACGUCUGCACCCCGAGUGUGAUCCACAUUUCUGUGUACGGAGGUCACGUCGUCCAGGGUUUCAAAGAGAGGAAAGCCCUGGCCUCGGUCAAUGCCGAGCGCUGGUACCUGGCUCCUGGUGUCCAAAGGGUCGAGGUCAAUGAGCAUGGACUCACUGGGACCCUGUUUUUACCAGCUGGUUUGGGACCCUUCCCUGCCAUCCUGGACCUGUGGGGAGGGGGAGGUGGUUUGGUGGAAUACCGCUCGGCCCUUUUGGCGGCUCAUGGAUAUGCCGCGCUGGCACUGCAGUACCUAUCACAGAAGGAGAUGCCAAGCGUGGACAAUGAAUACUUUGAGACUGCGUUCACCUUCCUGCAGAACCACCCCCGGGUGUGUGGGGACAGGGUGGCACUGUUUGGGCUUUCCUUUGGCACCUCCGUGUCCCUGAGGCUGGCUGCCUACUCCACGGUGAUCCAGCCCAGGUGCCUGGUCUGUGUCAGCGGCAGCCAUGUCCAGCCCGUCGGGUGGUCCCUGGCUGAGAUCUAUAUACAGUUUGGAAAAAAUGUCCACAAGACCCGGUAUGACGACCAGCAGCGAGUGAUUUGGCGUGACCUCCCGCUACCCAUUCCAACAGACGCCAGCCAGAAAGUCGACGUCGGGCGGAUUCGGUGUCCUGUACUGCUCAUUGUGGGAGAAGAUGAUCAGAACUUGCCAGCAUCCGAAUCUGCAGAGGAUAUGGAGAGAAUGAUGGAGGAGGCCGGGAAGAGCCAUCUGCUCACCAAGCUCUCCUACCCGGGGGCGGGGCACCUAAUCGAGCCACCCUAUGGCCCCCACAUACGAGCGAGCACCUUCAUCAGUUUGGGAACCAAAGCCCUGUUGCUGUGGGGUGGGCAGGCACAACCCCACUCUCAUGCCCAGGAAGACUCCUGGCAGAAGAUCCUGGCCUUCCUGGAGAGGCACCUGUAUGGCGUACAGAUGAUGGCAGGUCUCUAAGGGCCGCAAGGUAUUGGAGGGAGAAGAUGGAGCAGGAGAUGGCAGUUAAUCUCCAGUUCAGCCUUGGCUGCACUAUGGAAUCAUUGCUAAGUAAUAACUGAGUGUAAUAAAGGUUCAUAUGAUGAUUAUAAAGACAGCAGUCAAAUUUCAUUAUUCAAAUACCCCACAGUCACUGAUUGUCAAUCAGAACAAUGUAAGAGAGCAAUAAUUCAAAUUCCAUUAAAGUCUGAAUUAUUGACUGA